CCAAGCACCGAGGCACUGAGGCUCCAGCCUGACUGACGCCGAGACUGAGCCGCUGCGCCGCCCGAGAAGAGCAGCGGCUCACCUCCGCACUACACAGUGAAGCGCGCGGUCUGUCAAGAAAUCAGCAACUAUUUUAAAAAGGAAAACAAAAUCUAGACUGCAGAGUGAUCUAACCUUCUAUGAAGAGUAAGACGAACAUUUGUAAAGUUGUCUAAAAGACAUCCAGUUAUAAUAAUCCUGACAACUCCCAUGUACUCCAGCGCAUCUAUCACAUCUCUCUUUUCCUUCACCAGCCCAGCAGUAAAGAGACUGCUGGGCUGGAAACAAGGGGAUGAGGAGGAAAAAUGGGCAGAGAAAGCUGUAGAUUCACUUGUUAAAAAGCUGAAGAAGAAGAAAGGAGCAAUGGAAGAGCUGGAGAAAGCACUGAGUUGUCCCGGUCAGCCCAGCAAAUGUGUAACCAUCCCACGCUCCCUUGAUGGCAGGUUGCAGGUAUCCCACAGGAAAGGUCUUCCUCAUGUCAUCUAUUGCAGGGUGUGGAGGUGGCCAGACCUGCAGUCCCACCAUGAGCUUAAAGCUCUUGAAUGUUGCGAGUUUCCUUUUGGAUCAAAACAGAAAGACAUCUGCAUUAACCCUUAUCAUUAUCGACGAGUAGAAACACCAGUCCUUCCUCCUGUUUUGGUACCUCGUCACAGUGAAUUCAACCCUCAGCACAGCCUCUUGGCUAAGUUCCGGAAUGCCUCUCUUCAGAGUGAACCCCUCAUGCCACACAAUGCAACAUACCCAGAGUCCUUCCAGCAAGCAGCAUGUACCUCUUUUUCUUCAUCUCCAGAUAGCACUUUCUCCCAGUCUCCUAGAACUAUAAGUUAUCCUAGCUCUCCAGGGAGUCCCAGAGACCCUGGGAGUCCUUAUCAGCUAGCAGCCGAAACUCCACCUCCUCCUUAUAGCAUGACAGAGUCAACAGUCAAUGAUGAUGUAAAGCCAAUGGAAACAAACCCUAAUAGGUUAAUCUUUUCAGAUCAUAAAGACUUACGGCCUGUUUGUUAUGAAGAGCCAGAGUACUGGUGCUCAGUUGCUUAUUAUGAACUAAACAACAGAGUUGGGGAAACAUUCCACGCAUCUUCUCGUAGCAUGCUUAUAGAUGGCUUCACGGAUCCAUCCAACAACAAGAACAGGUUUUGUCUUGGGCUCUUAUCAAAUGUUAACCGCAACUCCACAAUUGAACACACCAGGAGGCACAUCGGAAAAGGUGUUCAUUUGUACUAUGUCGGAGGAGAGGUGUAUGCUGAAUGCUUGAGUGACAGCAGCAUUUUUGUGCAGAGUCGUAAUUGCAACUAUCAGCAUGGUUUCCAUGCCACUACUGUCUGCAAAAUCCCGAGUGGCUGCAGUCUCAAGAUCUUCAACAAUCAACUCUUCGCUCAGUUGUUGGCUCAGUCUGUUAACCAUGGCUUUGAGGUUGUCUACGAAUUAACAAAAAUGUGCACCAUCAGAAUGAGCUUUGUAAAGGGCUGGGGUGCAGAAUACCAUCGGCAGGAUGUGACGAGCACUCCGUGCUGGAUUGAGAUCCACCUCCAUGGACCUCUUCAAUGGCUGGACAAAGUGCUUACUCAGAUGGGCUCUCCUCAUAACCCCAUCUCAUCAGUCUCUUGAAAGAAGAAAUACGCAAGACUUACCUAUAAAAUGCUAUUGCAGGCAGUGGCUUAUAGGACAAGCAAUAACACAUGUUUAGCAUUAGAGUCAGUUUGUUAGUCAGUGUGUAAUGUCUCUAUGUGUGUCAUUUAAAAAAAAAAUUGGAAAGCUAUAGAUAUGCUUUUUAGCAAUUUCAAUUAUUUGCAUUUGAAGGGAGUUGCUUUUACACUAAGAAUGUAAACAAAAAACAAUGAAAAAAAUUUAAAUAUGCUACAGAAUGUUACAAUGUAAAUAUAUUGGUUGAGGUAAUCAGACCUAUACUUGAUGAUGACAUGUGUAAUUAUUUUCAGUUACAGAAUCUAUGUUGCUUGGAAAUUGUGGUUGACAAUGGGAUACUUGCAAGGUUUUUACCUUUUUUCAAAAUGUACGUUUUAGAACAUCAAAAAGAACUCAAUAGCAUUUUUUUUUAAAUUAACAUUUUCAUUUUUUUAUUCAACGUAACACUCACUAGACAGAAACAGUAUUCCUUCUUACUUUUUAAAAUUUGUAUGUGAUAUAUACAAUAUUUGGUUAAUGCAUAAGGAAAUGUGAGAAUUUCCUGUGACCAAAUCUCCCAUCUUUAAUUUAUUCACUAGUAAACAUAAUGUAUGUGUCUGCAGUGAACUGAGCGGUACGUGCAAAUAAUCACUUGUCUGUUCUUCAUAGUAUAGAGGAUAAGGCUUCGGACUUCAAAUCCUGCAACUGACACUGUAUGACCAUGAGCAUGUCACUUUACCUGCUUGUGCUUAAAUUAGAAAAACAAAAGAAAUGUAACUUGUUGUAUCUCAAAUAUUUAUAAUUUACCUUGGAUAAAGGUGUUGGGCAAAUAUGUGAAUGAUAAAAAGUUCUGUUAUUCAGAAAGAAGAAAUCAACAGCAAAAAACAGAAUAUGUUCAUUGUUACUUGUAUAUGUUAUACGAGUUUAAUAUAGUGUUUUUGAGUUGUAAAAAUUUGCCAAAAAGUCACUCAACUAUUAUUACUCUUGAUAUAUUUUGCCACACUUGGCAUUAGCAUUAUAGUAUAUUCUUAAUAGUUAUUGUAAGCUAUACAAAUCUUAAUCAUAUUGGUAUAUGUUAUGUACUGUGGUGAGGUUUGUCUGACACUAUUGCUUUACACUGCUUAUGCUAGGGGUUCAAAGAUGGGACUUCAAGUCGGUGGGGUGCUGGACACACUCAGCAGCUGUGCUCUAGCCCACUCCUACAUUUCACUAGUGACGGGGGUCUGUAGGAGAUACGAGGGAGUUUUAAUGGGAUGAGCAGCUGGUCUAGACAUACUUGAUGGCCUUCCUAUAUUUUGUCUCCCUUUGUCACACAUUUGGUUAUAUGUUAUAUAUGUUCAUGUCUGCUUACAUCCCAAACAAAGAUUGUAAAUAUAAUUAAGUGAAAGUAACCAUUUCUGUCAAGUAACUUAAAAUUGAUAUUUUGUGUGCCCAGGUACAGUAAUGAAUAUAAAAGUCACAGCGGCAGGGAUCCUUAUGUGCUGGAUGUUAACUACACAAAUGAUUUUAAUUUUCCAAGAUGUAAUGUAUGGCUUCAUUCUUUACUGGGAAGACAGAUUUAUAAUCAAAGACAUUAUCAGUGUUCGCAUUCUUGAUGAAUUAUGCUGGGAACUUAGUUAGCAAUUGUUAUGUUCUUUAAAUAAAUGUUAUUUAUCUCAAAAUGAAGAGACACACAGGAUUAGUAAAAGCAUAUCUCGUCUUAUCCGAUAUCAUACAUUUUCCCUAAUUAUUGAGAAUAUUAAAAUAGUUACUGAAUGGCCCCAUAUUGUUGCCUCAUUGUGCCAAGAAUCUGGGUUCAUUUUAAUCCAUAAGCACAGCUUUUCUGUGUUACACGUGCAUGUAGAUUGGUGACACAAACUAGUUUAGUAUGACUGUGUGGCUGGGCACAUAUUGUAACAACGAUGUUGCUGCCAAUCAGUCAUAGAUGGGUGCCAGUCUGUUUUAGAGACCCCACACCUGCACAUCAAAGAAACCAUAGUAUCUGAGGACAGGGACAGGGACCAGGCUGGGAUCUGUGCCUAGGUUAGUAGUGCAAGAGGCAGAAGCCCUAAGUACUGUGCCACUGUACUGUCCCAUAACCUUCUCACCAUAGCUAAUUCAAAAGUACAUCACAGUAUUGAUCCCACUAUUUCAAGACACUUUUCAAAUCAAUCUACUAUACUUUUGCUUAUCUGAAAUAAUUUUCAAAUAAACCUGACAUUAAAAGGUCCACUACAUAUCUUAAAGAAGACGUGUUGUGAAACAGAUGUUAGUAUACAUUAAUAAAAACUUAUUAGUAUUUAUAAUACUUUUAAGAUGACCAUCUACCCUUGGCAUUGCUUACUUGAAUACUUUACGCUGUAUUAUCCUAUACUCUCAUUACCAGUGUUAGGAGCCAUAAGAUGACACUUACUGUAUAUGUAUAUUUGUUUGUACAUAUUGCAUGUUUUAUUUAAUCUGUACAUUUGUAAAUGAAUACAGUGCUCUGAGCCUGUUUAAUUUAAAUACACUAUACUGUAUAAGAAUAACUUGCAAGUGGAAAAAGUCUUGCUAGUCAGUAGAUUGAGAAUGUGUGUAUGCCUAACAAAACACCUGAAAAACGCAGGAGAUGAAAGACAGCGGCAUUUUUAACAGAUAAGCUAAGCCUCAUCCUUGCAUUUGCCAGGGAACAUUUGGCCUUAUGGAAGUCAAUCACACAGAACAAUUAGAAGAGCUCUCUAUUGAAAACACCAAAUCUAAAUACCAUCACACUGCCAAAAUAAUUAAAAUGGCAAUCGUCCUGACAAAAAUCUGUGCUAAAUGCAGAAAACCAAAAAACAAAUGUCCUUUACAUUAAGCAUGCAUAUUUGAGCUUGUAUUUUAUAGCAGUAACCCACAGUGCUCAGAUACCAUCUGCUGGCAUAUCAGAAAGCUGAAUUAUGUGAGUUGUUCUAAUGCCAGCUUCUCACGUUAUUCUUCAUAUGCUUUGAUGUUGCUAUACAAAUAAUUUAGAAUUAAAAGAAAGUGCAAGUGAACUGCCUUGUCAAAAAACAUCGAAUUGCCCAUAUUAAGCUAAAACAAAAACCGGAAUGAUCUUAUUUCAUUGUAAACAAAUGCCAGACAGUUGUUGCAUUAUUAAAAUUGGAGCUUUUGUCCAAAAGGUGUUGUACUUUUCCUAUAAACAGAACUCCUUUUUUUUUCUCAGAUCUUGAGCAGCACGGGUGUUCUCCCUAGAAAUGAUAACUUUGUGUGUGUAGAAAUGAACUGAAUCAUUGGGUAGGUAAUCUCCAAGCAAAUGUUAUUUUAACAAAGUGGGCACCGUCUGAAGACAUGUUUACAGGUAUGUGAGUUCAUGUCCUUUAUUCCUGCCCCUGACAUAGUGGUGUGUUAAAUGAGAUUACUUGGGUAACACACCAAGUCAGUGGUGGAGUAUGACCUGACAACUCCAUUGAUUAUAGUACUUCCUUAAACGUGUGAUGCUUUAUUUUAAUUCAUACACAAUUUGGGUAAAAUUUGACAGAGCAUGAAUGCUGACUGACCAUUCUGCCUCCAUUCACCUAUCCUUUCAAUGUCUGCCCAUAUAAUGGCUUUGCUGCUUCUGUAUGUUCCUAUGUUUGUAUAUAGUGCUUUGUGAUUGUAUUAAUUGUGAUAUAAAAAUAUCAGCUUAAACAAAUUCCUUCUGAAUUCACAGUCAUUUGCAUUUUGAUUAAAAUGUAAUUUUGUAUCUAAUACUUAUAUGCAUUUUAUCGAUUCUUAUUUUAUGUUUAGUGCUUAUUCUUUUAUAAUGUUUGCAUGACUGACUUUCUGAAUAACAAAGAACUGCAUGUGUAUACACGCAUAACUAUGAUAACUUCUAAAAAACAAUUUGCAUGAAAGUAGACAGACAUGUAUGUACCUUAAGGAUUUUUAUAAAAAUAUGUAAACAUUAAACUAACAAAUGUACUGACCACUUAUACUGUAAAUGCAAAUAAAAAUUCUUUUAAAAAAACAUACUCAUUAAUACACAAGAUUUACAUGUCAGUAGCUCUUACUUUAUAUCAACAAUAUCAUUCAUCCAGUAACUUAGACAGUGAGCAGUGGAACAAUCACUCUAAAUGGAGAUUUGGUUCAUCAACACUCUCAUGGCACAGUUUAUCAUGCUCGGUCAUAAGAAUGAUGCUGAAUCCCAUAAUCCUGUAGAUUGUGUAUGGAAGAAUAAGCAUGCGCUUUAAAGGGAGAAUGCAAGUCCAGGUUCUACUAUUCGUGAAAUGUUUGAAACAAUGUAGCAACUUUUCUAACAUGAGAACCGCAGGUCAUGUCCUCACCUCUUUAUUUUUGUAUAAAAACGCAGACAUUUGUCUGUUUUUGACCCUUCAUUCACACUAGCUUGCGCUUUUAACCCCAACAAAGGAAACAAUGAAAAUGCUCUCAUAGCCUUGUGCUCCAGAAAACGUCAGCUUGCCAUUGCAAUGUAGAUGGGUAAAAAUGUAGACUUCUAAAAAACACAAACUCUAUUCAUGCCCUGAUUUGUUUGUGCUUAUCAAGUAGCCUUCCCUUGUCAUUGCUAUUUCUUAUUCACGGAUUGGUCACCCUUGACAGAACAAAGCUGUUUUCUAACAGUGUGAAACAGCAAAGUUGCUGUCCAUGGCGCUUACCUUUAUGCAUCUAAAUUUCAUUUUGUACAGUCUUAAUACUGCAUACUUGCACAAAGGGAAAAUAAUUUACUGGCCACUAUAGGUUUUAUGAUAAAUCCCAUGGUUGGCAGUGUUACCAUAACUUUAAGGAUUUUUGUGGUCAAUGCAUACAUUACCAGUGUAAUAAUGAUAUGAACACACUAUUAUGAACAAAGAUCAUUUUAAAGGGCUUUUUCUUUUUUUUUUUUAAGGAAAACAGUAGCAUGGAUGUAAUUUGAUCUUUUCAGCUAAUUGUUAAAUAUUUAGGCCUGGUUCUUUAUUGUGGUAGCACUAAGGCCAGUAGCAUUCCCAGCUCCACGAAGAUCAGAUCUCAAUCUGGUCAGUGUUUGCAUGGGCUUUAUAUGUUCUGCUAGCAUCUAUAUGUAUCUCUCCUCAAUGAAUUUCCAAUAUGUGCCUGUUAAGUUAUUUGCCCUCUCUAAAUUAUUUGCCCUCUUAUUUGUAUGAAUCCGAGAAUCACGCAACGGGCCGAGGGGAGGUGAUUUCCUCACUCACUCACCAGCUUCGGGGCGUGUUCAUUAACUCCGCUUAGCUAGCAAACGAGA